AUGCCUUCUUUAAAGACAUUCAAGACUAAGCAGAAGCUGGGUAAGGCUCAGAAACAAAACCGUCCUUUGCCUCAAUGGGUUAGACUGAGAACCAACAACAAGAACCGUUACAACGCCAAGAGAAGACACUGGAAGAGAACCAAGUUGGGUAUCUAA